CCUUAAAUCCUCAUGCACUUGUGAGUAUUGAAUUUUGUUUACAAGUAGUAUUUCCUUUCCCCUCUUUUAUGCAGAUACUUUUCUCUUUUUUUUUUGUUGUUCUGAAUCCUAAACUCAAAAACAGAAAUUAUCGCCUGUUUGUAUGUUAGUUGACCAGCUCUGAGACAGAAAAAUGUUGUUCAAAUUUGAGGAUCGUGUCGGUAUCGCUUCGCUGAUGUUUUAACCUAACCCUAGAUUCCAUGAUUUUGCUAUUCAUCUAUCAUCAUCGAUGGAUUUGGAUUUGCAAACUAUUUCACAAGAAUCGUCCCCUUUUAAUUUGCUUGAUCACAUACACGUUAAUAAUGGCUUGGCACAUGAAUAUGUAGACAUGCCUAUGGCAUGUGGUCUCUGUGGAAGAACUCUUUUAUUGGAGGAUGAGGUUUACAGUGAUCUCCAAAAUGUCAGCAUAUGUGAUGACUGUAAAUUUCUGCUGCUCGAAGAUUUUGGCACCACAGCCCAUAAUUCUCUCCGAAGAAGAUUAUCUGGAAGAAGAAGGCUGAUUAAUGGCAGUUCCGACACGAUCGAGAAUUUCUCACAACAGUUCUCACAAAUAAUUAAUCUAGCAAGGCAUAUUGAGCCUGAUCAUGAAGAUGUUCGUGUAGACACAGAUCCUUACGUGAUGGUACCGCAGCCUUCAAGCACUCAUACUACACCUAGUGGUUCUAGAAGAUGGCGGAGAUUAUUUUCUGAUACAGAAAAUGAUGGUUUUAACUCUGAUUCAUUAUAUGGUGAAAGUGAAUCAAAUGUCAGUGCCGGUUUAUACAGGAUUUAUCAUGGUGAUAGUGAUGCUAUAUCUUUUACUAGUUAUGAAGGUGACUCUGGUGCUUCAGUUGAUGGCCAUACAUACUUUGACCCAGACAUGUAUGUUCAAUCUUUGGAGAGAAGUGACAUUGACAGUGACUCUGAUAUUGAUCCGAUGCAUGCUGGUAUUGUACACUGGAAUUCUGAUGAGCAUGGAAUAGAAGAUGAUGGGUGGGGAGAAGUUGAUGCUGAUGCAAAUACAGUUAGACCUCAGGAAAUUGGAGCUCAUAUUGACUCAAGUGCCAGUAGUGAUCAUUUUGUUGAACGCAUUAGAACAGAUUCUUCUGAGUUUGAGGGAAUGAUUCGUCGAAGAAUUAGGGAAGUUAGGGACCUCCAGAUUCCCAGCAUCCAUAUGAGCCUUGAAGAAUUCAGUGAAGCACCUCAUAAUGGUAAUUCUGGGGACUAUCUUGAUGCUCGAGAAUUUGAAGAAUUUUUGGAGCAUCUUGCUGAGACUGACAAUUCAAGACGAGGAGCACCCCCUGCUGCUGUGUCUUUCAUUGAUAAUCUUCCCCUGGUAGUCAUAUGUGAUGAUCAUCAGAAACCUGAUGGCCUGAUUUGUGCAAUCUGCAAAGAUUUGCUUAUGAUUGGCACUGAAGUGAAUCAAUUGCCCUGCUUUCAUCUAUAUCAUCCAUCCUGUAUAUUGCCAUGGUUGAGUGCAAGGAAUACCUGCCCCCUUUGUCGAUAUGAACUCCCGACUGAUGACAUAGAUUAUGAGCGCGGCAAGCGAAAUGCUAACCAUAGAGUGGUUAUUUCUGAAAUUCAGGAGCAAGAGGAUAGUGAUGAUAGUUCUUCAGUCACCACCUAUACAAGUGAAAUGUAUGAAGCUCAAGAUUUUGCUGCCACAUUGGAAAAUGUAGGCAUUGCUGGAGACCUUUCACGUACAAAUGGUAGGAGGGGAGGAUGGUUAUACCUGGCAGCCGCCCCUAUAGUUAGCCUUGCAGGAAUUGUUUUUGUGCUCUGGCUGGGCAACCCUCUUGUAAGAGGAAGAAGGCCAGCUGGGCAUCAUGGUUCACCUCCACAACCCAUCCACACUUCUGGCCCGUUCCCCCGCAACCAACAGGAAAAGAGGUGGUGUUGGUGGUUUUAAACAUUUAGUCAGUGUAAAAAUAUGCUGAAAGCAGUUGCUCUGGCCCUUCAAAUUUUGCAUUAUCGUUUUGGGUUUUUAUUACCAGAAAAGGGAUGCUUGGAAUUAAAUUUUUUCACGAGGAAAGCUUACUUCGCUGAUUGUAAAUGGUUCUUGUACAGAAGAUAAAUAGAGUUAUUUGAUGUAGUCAUUGUGCAUAUAAGAUAGAGAGGGUUCUUUGCUUUAUAACUGAGAAGUCCAUGGCAGCCCUAUCAUAACUGCAGAUGUUCGGGAUGCAGAUAACUGUUGGUGGGGUUAUUGAAGGUCAAGUUUGGAGCAAUGGCAAUGUGACUGGUGCAAAUGGAGAGAGCUUGAUUGGUUUGUGGUGCUUGUCUCCAAUAUGUCACAGUUUUGUGGGCAAACCUCAAAAAUCAAUGAUGCAGCUUAGGGGCCAGCUAUAUCCUGAAGCAAAAGCAAUAUAUAGACUGCAAAUGGCCUUUGCAAAGUGGUUCUCAUAGCAUUAUUUUGGAAAGUAAUUGCCGGCAAGUGGUUUGUUUUCUUAAAUCUUUCUAAUAGCUUUAGUGUGGGUGGGUGGAUGUCUGUAUAUGCUAUCAUUUAUAGAGCUUAUAAUGGACAUUGUAUCGGAUAGUUAUUGUAUUUCAUCAUCAAUAAAUUAGUCCCUUCUAUC